AAAGGCGGGCAGAGAAUUAAUUCGCCUAAUUGAAAAGUAACAGAGGGCCGGACAACAUAAAACUUGACAAAAUUGGUGAAAUUCUGUUUAGAAACGAAGCAAGCGGUCGGCUCAUUUGUGAUAGCGACUCUUGAUUUCAUUCUAGACAUCGGUGGAGAUGUGGUGUUUCUGGAGUGCGGUCCUUGUGCCUUGUUUCAUAUCUUGCGUUCGGAAUUUCUGCAACCUUUCUUCCUUGUGUUUGGUCCGUUUCCUCUCAACUUGUUCAGGCUUGCGUUGUCUUGCCUGUUCUCUUUUGCUGUAUUUUGCAGUACGGGUUUGCAUUUUCUUGACCUUUUUUAACUAUUAUCUCUUAUCAAAGUGUAUCAGAAUUUGUCUCCAUUUAUCCAUAGGCUUAAUUCUGGAUGCCAAUAAUUACAGUAAGAUAAUGUAAUUCUUGGCGCGCGGAUGAAUGUGAGGAUUUGUGAAUUGCCGUCUGCGGAAACUUGAUACGCGAAGUACACGAC